AUGACCAAGGCGGAGUACCAGCUACCCCCCGCGUCGACGUCACCACAAGCCAUACCAUACGCCGUUCGUCUCCGUCUCGCGGAGCUCGAAGCAGAAUAUGAAACCUUGGGGGUAGAGCAUUUCCACCUGCGCAUCAACUACAACACUUGCUUGCGAAUGCGCCCAAUGACACGUCUGCUUGCCGCGAAGAAGAUGGGGAUCGGGAUGACCAUUCGGGAGAUGGAGUUGCAGUUUGACGAGGUUGAAAAGAGGAUGGAAGAGGUUAUGCGGGAGCACGAUGGGGUAUGCAAAGGAAAGCCGUUAGAGGUUGGCUGGAGGGCUUAUGAGGAACUUGAUAUCUCUGGCAAGACUCAGUGA